GCAUCAGUGGCGGCAGAAGUCAUUUCAAAACAAAACACGCAAAACAUACGAAAAUUCACUGAAAAUGGAAGCCAACAAGAUCGACUUUAUGCAGUUUGCAGAAAAAUUAAGGAACGAAAAGUAUGUGAAGCAUGUAAAGUGCUUGAAGGAUCUGUGCGUUACCAAGUCAGUGAUGAAGCCCAAGGUGUUCUUCGACAGUCUGCCGAAAAUGCUGGAGGAGGAGGCCUCGACAACAACACCAACUAAGGACCUGGGCACGGUUGCCGAAUAUGCGGAGCUCUUCAAGGUGCUGGACGAGUAUCCGAGCAACCUGCAGAAGAAUCCCAAGAAGCGAGAGCUGCAGCGCUCUGCGACCUUGGAUCAGCUGGAACUGUGCGAGUCCAUGAAGCGCCUAGAGGAGCAGCGCAGUGCCGUCGAGGUGUACAACGAGUUCAAGGGGUUCCAAAAGAAGUUGGCCAAGGCCUACGAUGAGGCAGCCGAGCUUGAGAAGGCCGAGUCCGUGUAUGCAAAGAAGCUUGCGCAGCUCCAGACCUUCGCCCAGCAGAUAGAAAAGUUAAUGCCAACGGAGGGCGAGGCACCGCCAGAUGCGUUCACAGCCGACGAAGAGCAAAAGCUCCUGGAAAUAGCCAAAAACAUGGAGGAACUGAACUACUUGCGCUCCAACAGUCUGCAGCUGCCGAAUCCCAGCGAUAUUGUUGCUGGCGGUAGCCUGGUGGCACGCCUGGAGAUGUUCGUGGAUGUCCUCACCUUCACUCUGAUGCAAAUAAGCUCCUACACUGCGGCCUGAGAAGCAUUAUUUAUAAUUUAUUAUUUAAUUAUUUUACAAUAAAUACUAUGGCGAGUCCUGCUCCUCUGCCUCGA